AUGGAAGGCUGUUUUUGGUGGAAAGAAAUGGAUUUCAAAAACACAUUAUUGACCGUGAAAACACCAGAAAGCCAGGAGCAGGAUCAACACUUAAAAGAAAGCAGUCACCCUUCUCCUGAUUCAAGCGACUUCUGCAGGAUUUCUGAUCAAAAACCUUCCGUACCAGCAAUCUGUGGAGUAACGAAAGGUAUGACAAGUUUUGUUCCUUGUUUUAAUUUCACCUGUUAAAAUGAGAGGUGAUUCAACACCCGAAGAAUUGUGUUUAUUAGCAGACAUUAGUAGAUUAUUUUCACCUGUCAACUUUAUCUCGAGACACGGAUUUGGCCAGCGCAAUAAUUUUAUAAUCACCACAGUAGGAUAACAGGUUAUCGGUAGCUUCUCAAAAAUUUUAUUUGUUUAGUCUUUUUAUGAAACUUUCUGCAAAACAUAACUGAGUUAAAUAUCUUCGACUUGAAUUAACCGUCACUCAAGUGAACAAAAUAGCAGCCUGAUAACGUAAAUCGUUUCCAAGCCAGUUCUACGAACCUUGUCUUGCUAGUUUAAAUUAUCUCGGGAUGCUGGAAACGCAAUUGCACUCCUGAAGUUUCGAACUUGAGAAAUUCUAUGUCGCACAUUAAAACUAACAACGCAACGGCUCUUUUAGGAGCCAUCAAGUUUAAUAUGUUAUGGCUGAUACAAAGUUAAGCUUAUGUAUCUNGGUAUCCGACGUGCGGCAUGCUUUUAUAGCGCUUUCAUCAAAACAUUUGUUGUUUGCGCGGCAAAUUUAAACCGUUGAUGAAAACUUCAGACGUUCAGAUCGUUUUUUGCUUUCUAAACAACACGUUUCGAACCAAGUGUAAGUAAAAUGGAAGGCUGUUUUUGGUGGAAAGAAAUGGAUUUCAAAAACACAUUAUUGACCGUGAAAACACCAGAAAGCCAGGAGCAGGAUCAACACUUAAAAGAAAGCAGUCACCCUUCUCCUGAUUCAAGCGACUUCUGCAGGAUUUCUGAUCAAAAACCUUCCGUACCAGCAAUCUGUGGAGUAACGAAAGGUAUGACGAGUUUUGUUCCUUGUUUUAAUUUCACCUGUUAAAAUGAGAGGUGAUUCAACACCCGAAGAAUUGUGUUUAUUAGCAGACAUUAGUAGAUUAUUUUCACCUGUCAACUUUAUCUCGAGACACGGAUUUGGCCAGCGCAAUAAUUUUAUAAUCACGACAGUAGGAUAACAGGUUAUCGGUAGCUUCUCAAAAAUUUUAUUUGUUUAGUCUUUUUAUGAAACUUUCUGCAAAACAUAACUGAGUUAAAUAUCUUCGACUUGAAUUAACCGUCACUCAAGUGAACAAAAUAGCAGCCUGAUAACGUAAAUCGUUUCCAAGCCAGUUCUACGAACCUUGUCUUGCUAGUUUAAAUUAUCUCGGGAUGCUGGAAACGCAAUUGCACUCCUGAAGUUUCGAACUUGAGAAAUUCUAUGUCGCACAUUAAAACUAACAACGCAACGGCUCUUUUAGGAGCCAUCAAGUUUAAUAUGUUAUGGCUGAUACAAAGUUAAGCUUAUGUAUCUUUAUAAUAACAUCGCUAAAACCAAUUUUUUUCUGAACAAUUUCUUAAUUGAUGCCAGAAGAAUCUGCUGCAAAACGACUUCGAUAUGCAGCGAAAUGACUUUGUAGCGAAACGACCGGUCUGCCAACCACGUGUAUGCAUUAACAGGUGUCUCGUAAUAUCGCUACAAAGUUACAGUAAACUGUGAUCUAUAAUUUCUUGCUCUAUUAAUGAAUUAGGUUAAAAUAUUCCACAGCUAUUUUUACGUGUUCAAAUGGGGAAUGAAGUGAGCUAAUAUGUUAUCGCAUACAUCAAUUUUGGAAAAAAACGGAGGCGAAUCAACUAAACAGGAGUGCAGCGAACUGACCUAAACCUUCCUAAAUUAUUGGUAUCAAUUGUGCGAUACAUUUCUCCGCCGGGUUUACUAAACGUUUUUGUACUUUUUUUUAAUUAUUCAGAA